AUGGUGCGGUGCAGCAACGGCCUGCUGGGCCUCCUGAACGCGGGCGUGCUGGUCCUCGCUGUCGUCGCGCUGGGGGGCGGCGCGUGGCUCAGCCACCGCGCGUCCACCACCGACUGCGAGCGGUUCCUGGAGCGGCCCGUCAUCGCGCUGGGGGUGCUCCUCCUCGUGCUCUCCCUCGCGGGCCUCGCGGGGGCGCUCUGCCGCGCCUCCUGCCUCCUCUGGCUCUACCUCCUCGCGCUCUUCCUCCUCAUCCUGCUCCUCUUCGCCUUCACCGUCUUCGCGUUCGUCGUAACCAACCGCGGCGCCGGGUGGGUCGUCUCCGGCAGGGGGUACAAGGAGUACCGCCUCGGGGACUACUCCACCUGGCUUCAGAGGAGGGUCGAGAACUCGCAGAACUGGGCCAAGAUCCGCAGCUGCCUCCAGGACGGUAAGGUCUGCCAGAAGCUCGCGUCCAGAAAGGAGACGGUCGCCCAGUUCGUCAACAGCAACCUCUCCCCGAUCCAGCUAAUAAACCUAUCUUAUGUCCAGUCUGGAUGCUGCAAGCCACCAACAGGUUGCAACUUCACCUACCAGAGCGAGACUGUCUGGAUCAAGCCCGCUGGCUUCAACACUACAACUGAUGACCCCGACUGCACCACAUGGUCGAACGACCAGACCGUGCUCUGCUACGACUGCAUGGCCUGCAAGGCAGGCGUGCUCGCCAACCUGAAGAACGACUGGAAGAAGAUCGCCACUGUCAACAUCAUCUUCCUGAUCUUCCUCAUCGUCGUCUACUCCGUCGGGUGCUGCGCGUUCAGGAACAAUCGGCAGGACAACUCGUACCCGGCCUGGAAAUGA